AUGUAUGGCGAGAGCUACUUAUGGAUCCUUCCUGGAUACCAUUCAACAGCAUGGAUGGGUGUUGGUGCUGCGAACUGUACUGCCGAAGACAUGAAUCGGGUGCUUGAAGGCCACUUCGCUGUAGAGUUCGCGUUGGUCAGAAAGGACAACCGUACUCACGUCAUAGGCGGCAAGAGAGCGAACUACAUAUGGGCAGAACUCGGACGAGAGUCUCCGAAUAUUUUUCAAGGUUACCUUUACGAUGGGCUCUGGACGCUGGCGAUAGCCCUCAGCCAAGCACUCGGUGCGAAUGCCUCUUUCUCCCAUGUAAAGCUUCUAUCUGCUAUUAACAACAGCUCCUUUGAGGGUGUCACGGGGACGGGAGUACGAUUGUUGAGAAUAACGAACGGCUGGGUUCUGUGUUUGACAUCCGCAAUGGAAAAUGGGGCUUAUGACGACGUUGGCUUCUAUGAUGGUGCCAGUGAUGUUUUCAGCAUGAAAGCUGACCUGGAUGGUAUGAUGAACUCAUUUUCAAUAUUUUCUUGA